CUUCUCCUGCUUUCUCCCUCCCUCCCUCCCUCCAUCAAUGGCGUUUCCGUUAGCAAAUCCCCCUUCCCGCCUCUCUCCGAAACUACUGACGAGAGCCACCACCGCUCCCCUUGCAUCUCCUUCACCUAACUAUGACCCCAGAAUAAAGGAAUUCCCUCCAAACGCUCUACGCCGGAAAAUUGACCGGCUGUGGCGCGGCGGGUUCUCGCUCGGCGUGGACUUGGGGCUCUCCCGCACCGGCGUCGCCCUCAGCAAGGGCUUCUCCGUCCGCCCCUUGACGGUGUUAGAGCUGCGAGGUCAGAAGCUCGAGCUGCGGCUUCUUGAGAUUGCCGAAGACGAGGAGGCUGAUGAGUUCAUAAUUGGUGUUCCGAGAUCGUCUGAUGGAAGGGAGACGACUCAAUCGAAUAAGGUUCAUAGUGUUGCGGGAAGACUAGCUGUUAGAGCUGCAGAGAGAAUUCGAUACUGCCAUGGUCUUCUUUAUCGUCGUGAGGCUGAUGUCCAUUUUAGAGGCUGUGCUGUGAUGGUCUUAAGGAUGCAAGAAAGAAGUUCGGUUUUAUGUUUCUCCUGCGCAUGGGGUUGGAGGGUGUACCUGCAGGAUGAACACGGAACAUCAACAGAUGCCACUCAUCGUAUGAUAAACUUGGGCCUGAACAAGACAGCUCGGCAAAGAAGGAUUGAUGCCUAUGCUGCAAUGAUGGUCCUGGAAAGAUAUUUUUCAUUGUCUGGGGAGGCAGCUGAACUUGUACUUCCCAAGGAUUCCGAUUUGCAGGAAAGACUCCGGAGGGGUCCGCCCCGAGACAUAGACUUCUUUUCCGAAUAAGCCGUAGAUCUGCUCUAUAAUACUGUUGCGCUUGACAGAAGAAAUCUCCGUGUAGAUCGUUCUUAUAUGAUGUAACUAUAAGGGUAGACUGCUCUGUGCUAGAGUUUCAAUUAUUUAGCAGGAGAAUUAUAUUUAUCUGUACAUUGUUUGUAUUUACUCGACUAUGUCGAAUAUUAUAUGGUUUACUGUCAAAUCUAUGUCUAGUAAAUCUGCCUACUGAGAUACUACUCAUUGUA